AUGGCUUCAGACCUAGAUUCGAAACAGCUCGAUCAAUUGAAGGAAGCCGAAAAAUUGGCAUUUGAUCAUCCAAACUUUUUUGAGCAAAUCCUUGACACGACAAUCUCUAUAUGCAUAGGAACACCAUGUAAUGAGUUUCGACUCCAGUAUCAGUGUUUGAGCUUAAUCUACAAGGCCUUUUACGAGAAGAAAAUCGAAUCUUUCGAAUUAAGAAGUCAACAGUCUGUCAAAGUGAUUCAGCUUCUUGAUUACUUGAUAAUUCGUAACGAACAGAGAUCUCCAAAUUACUUGAUUAUACAGAAAUGUAUUGAUAUUCUCAACGCUACAUACGAUCUUAUUUUUUUGCAGAUGGUCCAAAAUCCGAAUGAAGACGAAUGGGAACGCCUCUCUGAUGUCAAAGACUAUUUACUUUCUCAAUGGCCCUCUUCAUAUCCAUUACAGCCAUAUAAUCCGGAAACUGACCUCUCGAGAUCAAUCGCAUGCAAAACUUCCCUGAUCAAACUAAUCGGAAAAAUUAUUCAAGUUCAACUCCCAGCAUCUUCCUCUGGUAUUGAUAUCGAACAUGAUAUAUCAGUCUCUAUGAUCCAAAGUAACCAUCCGUUUCUUUUAAAUUCAAACCUGUCGUCGCAAGCACAAAAUCUAUUAGACAGUCUGUUUGCAGUCUUGAAUGAUGAUGUUUUGCUUCCAACUGCAAUAUUCACCACUAUCAUGUCUACAAUGAUGACGCUGUUCAAAUCAAGACCCAAAUUCCUCUCAAAUAAGUUUAUUAUGUUUGUCCUAGCCUAUGAGUCGCAAUUGAAGAUUGAACCACGUUUCGAACGAGAAGAAAAACUUAAAAUGAAACUCAUCAAAAGGUUUAAUGACAGAGUUGACAAGUGCCUCAUAUCUAUACUAUUAAACAAGGGAUUCUUGGCAAAGGAUCCCGGCCUGAGAACUAGAUUUGAGAAUAAGUUCAACUACUUGGUGGACAAGGCACGAGAUCAAAGACAAAAGGGAAUACUAAACGUUGAUGACGAUGACGACCCCGAGGUGAAAAACAUAAAAAAACAGAAGGUUGAGGCUAUACAGAGAGACAAUAUGCUAUUCUACAACGAGUCCAAGAUUGCCAGAUCCCAUGACUAUAAAUCCAUAUACAAUUUGAUUAAGCCAAAUGAUCAAUUGACAGAAUUUGAUAUGUCAUCUAUCCCAACAGAUAUACUGGUCUCAAUGGUUGUAACGGCAUUACAGAAGAUAAGCACUGCCAAGCUAGUAAAAGGCCUGACGAUUGUUUUUGAUAGAUAUAAAGACCUUACAACGAACACCGAUACCGCUUUUCAAGGAAUAUAUUUAACCCCCCCCAACAAUGAAGGAUCUUUGAAAAGAAAGCGUACAGAUGAUGACGAGGAUGGUGUACGUAGGAGAUUAAAGGCAGAUACUGGAACUGAGAAUUCAAACGAAACUGAUGACACGUAUAGUGAUGACGAAUUGAAGGGAGCAUUUCUGGUUCCCGUACCUAAUGAAUUUUCUCUCAACAAUAAGAAAGAGCAACUGGGACUUAUAAUAAAUAACUUCGUCAAGCUGUCUGCUCAAAAGGUCAAGAAAAAUAAAUCAAGCUUAGACUCUUCGAUACAUCAAAAUGCGCUUGAAAAACUUGCAAUCUCGAAUUGGAAUGAAGAGUCUUGGAUUAAAAUCCUUUCUCGGCUUGCGACCCGCGGACUAGCGGAUCAUGAGCUAGCCAAUUGUAUGAGGAAGUCAAUAUUUGACUACUUCAAAGACGACAUGAGAAAUAGAAUUGAUGGAGUCAUUGAGUGGCUAAAUGAAGAAUAUUACUCUGAGAUACGUGAUACUACAGGUAUUCAGCCAUUGAGAGACGGAAACUAUAUGACAUACUGUGCAUUUACUUUAGACAAUUUGAUUCCAUUCUUGGAAUCUAGUGAUAGAAAACUUUUCAUCAGAUUGAUGAGCGAGUUACCUUACCUGGAUAAGAGUCUCAUUUCAAAAAUUCGAUCUUUGUGUAAAGAUCCCGCCACCCGUGUUAAACGACUGUUUGGGGCUACUUACAGACAUGCUAAAUGA